CCAGAUACGUUUAUGAAUGUUUUCAAUUUUAGUUUUUAUAAUGACUCUCUUAAGUAGGAAUAUUAUUCCUAUUUUACAGAUGAAGAAACUGAACCUUAGAGAACUUAAGCCCAGUAUCACAUAUCUAAUAAAUUGCAGAUCCAAUCCCUGGUUUUCUGACUUUAAGAAAACCAUUGUUUUCCUAUCCCCUUUGCAUUUAUAUCUCUGGUAAUCUUAAACAAUGAUCUAACUUGAGAAAAUACCUUUAUCUUAUAGAUGAAAUGUAAGGAAAAAGAAUACAGACAAGCAUGGAAAGUGAGGAUACCAAGAAAAUACAAGAAAUGAAGACUGACUUGAACUUAUUGUUGGAGUGUCUAAAAUAUCAAAUGGACAACCCUUUUUCACAAAAGGAAGCUUUGGUCACUAUUCAUUCAAUUUGUCAACAAAACAGUAAUGCAAGUGUUUAUUUUCGGGAAAUUGGUGGUUUGAUGUUUGUAAAAAAUCUUGCAAAGUCAAGUGAACAUAGCAUGGUAAAAGAAGCAUCCUUAUAUACCUUAGGAGCUGUUGCAGAACAAAAUGUUUUCUGUCAGCAGACUUUGUGUACUUCAGAAUUGUUUGAAGACUUACUUUGUUUCCUAUCUAAUGAUUCUAACAUAAAUUUGAAAAGAAUGUCUGUCUAUGUUAUUUUGGUUCUGGUUUCAAAUAAUAAGAUUGGACAAAUGCUUGUGAGAGAAACAGGUUGUAUAACAGCUCUGGCAGAGUUGUUCAGGACCGUUCUUUCAAAAUCUGAGUUGAAUCUGUCAGAUAAAAGCGUUUCUCCGAGUUAUCAGUUGUGGUCUUCAGUAUGUAGUACUCUGUGUGUCUGUGUUAACAAUCCUCAAAAUGAUGACAAUCAAAUGAUUUGCUGCUCACUUUUUCCACAUGCUAAUGAGUGGUUAAUAAAUUGCAUGAAACCUGAGAUAAUUCGCCCUAUUUGCUCAUUUAUUGGACUCACUCUAGCAAAUAACACACAUGUUCAGAAAUACUUUAUAUCUGUGGGUGGACUGGAUGUAUUGUCUCAAGUUCUUGUGAAAUUGGAAUCUGAUUCACACAAGACUCUUUCCAGUGCUAAGCUUGCAGUGGUGGUGACAAAGACAAUGGAUGCAUGUAUUGCUGAUAAUCCAACCUUUGGGAUAGUACUAUCCAAAUAUCACAUUGUUUCAAAACUUCUGGCAUUAUUGCUUCAUGAAAGUCUGGAUUCAGAAGAAAAAUUCAGUAUCAUGCUUACUAUUGGACAUUGCACUGAAGCUUGUGAGGAAAAUCAGUGUGACCUUUUUAAAAACAGUGGGCUUCCUCUUAUGAUACAAGCCUUAACUGAAUCUCAAAAUGAUGAGCUAAACAGAGCAGCUACUUUUGUGCUUCACAACUGCAAAAAAAUUACUGAGAAAUUAUCUCUAAGUCUAGGUGAAUAUUCUUGUGAUGAAAAUGAAGCAGAACAAUUAAAGGACGUAACUGUGAGAGAGAAGAAUGUUGAAGAGUAUUGGAAGAAAGCACGGGAAAUUCUACACAGAAUAAAACAACUUGAAAGAGGAGAUGAGGAAAAAAUAGGAAAAGGAGAACAUAAGAAUAGUAUUUCAUCAAUGAACAUAAAUAUCCAGAAUACAUUGAAGUACCUUCAUACACAGAGUAUCAGUGGAGAUACCAAAGUAGAAGAUAAGGAUAAAAGUCAGUCUAGUCAGCCUCAGAAUUAUAAGUCUCAUGGAGUCAUGAAUAAAGCAUGUACAUAUGAUGAUCAACUAAAGACCCUGCUAAAGAGUGCAAAUCCAGUUAAUGCCUGUUAUAGGGAGAGUGUGCAGAAUAAGAUUUUCUAUAAAGCCAGUUCAAGCUGCAACCAAAACUUACAUGAAGAAACAACUUUUGAAAAAAAGAAUUUUGCGUCUCCAUCAAGUGACCAUGUUUUUAAACAUCCAGUUCUCACUGUCAAAAAUAAAAAGCAGCAGUUACCAGUAACAGAUCCAUUUACAUUGUGUUCAGACAUAAUUAAUAAAGAAGUCAUCAGUUUUCUAGCAACUGAUAAUUGUUCCAAAAUGUUGAAAUAUAGGUGUGCAGGUUGCAUAGCAGUAGGAAUAUCCCUGAAUAGCCGAAAUUUUAGCAAGCUCUUGCACUCUUGCCCAUACCAAUGUGAUCGUCACAAAAUCAUUGUGGAAGCUGAAGACAGAUAUAAAAGUGAACUAAGGAAAUCACUUAUCUGUAACAAAAAAAUUCUGCUGACCCCACGUAGAAGACGACUCAGUAAUGAAUCUACUACACAUGGAGAAAUAAAGAAAAGAAGAAUUCGUAAAAACUUUACUGAAGAAGAAGUAAAUUACCUUCUCAGUGGAGUUAAGAAAAUGGGAAAUCACUGGAAUUCAAUUUUGUGGUCUUUCCCCUUUCAGCAAGAACGGAGAGCUGUGGACCUUGCUCAAAAAUACCACAGGCUGUCCAAACACCACAAGUGUGCAGUGCCUUGAUUGGAAAAAAAGACUUGUCAGUUUUCAUUUUGGACUCUUAAAAUACAGUGCUUUGAAAGAUACAAAUAUCUUAAAUACUCUUCUAAACUCUCAGGGAACGUGGAAAUAGGAUAAUGCUUUAAUUAAAGUUUUUGUUCUGGAAAUCA